CAUUUUAAACUGUAUUUGUCCUGCUCUAGUCUCAUCUACAAACACAGCAUAUAUAGAAAUACAAGUAUCCCAAGAAGAAGAAGAAGACAAAGAGAAGUCAUGUCUUGCUCUGUGAGGAGUGGACUCGCGAUUGUGUUCUGCUUCAUUCUUCUGCUUUUGUCUUCCAAUGUUGGAUGCGCUACUGCUCGUCGUCUAGGGUCACAUAAGCACCAUCAUAGGGUUGCUUCUUUGGUACACAACGUCGUCAAUGGUGGAGGAAGGAGGAAGGUGUUGGGUGGAGUCGAGACAGGGGAUGAAGUAGUGGUCAUGGACUACCCUCAGCCUCAUCGUAAGCCUCCCAUCCACAAUGAGAAGUCUUAAUUACCCGAUCUAUACCCCUUUCUCUAUAUAUCAUACUUUUAAAUGCAUGUAUGCAUUCACCAUGUGUUGGUGGUUGUAAUGACUCUUGUGCUAUCUAUAUAUAUUCACGACCAACUUCUUUUGUUCUUUA